AUGGCGCCCGGACAGAAAUUACUUGUCAAAGAGGCAGCCAUCGAGGCCAAGCGUGGUGGCGAGCGCGGUAUCACAGCACGCAGCGUCAAGAAAGUGACCGCGGUCAGUAUUCAUCUCCUCUGUAUUGCACUGGCUCUGGGGCUCCUGGGAUAUCGGACUAAUGUGGAGAUGAGACUAGGACACCAUUCUGAAGUUCAAAGGAUAGCCAGCCUGCGUCUGCGCUGCAAACGAAAGCUGCUCCAAGUACCUGAUCGACCGUCCGAUUGGCGACCGACAUACGACUUGAAUGGCAACAAUCGUCCAUAA